AUGGCAUCCAGAAAGCGCUCUGAGUCAGACGCCGGGCUUGAUGAUGCAAGAAAGAAGACCAAAGUCAAUACAGACACAAGCAAAACAGAUUCCAAUGGAGAUCGCUACUGGGAGAUAUCUAAGAUGCGCCGCGUCACUGUCUCCUCCUUCCGAGGAAAAAACAUGGGAAUCUCGCUCCCUAUGGAUCAAUUUUCCGCCCUCAUAACUCUUCUUCCUAGGCUUGAGCAGGCAUUAAAGGAGAUUGGUGAAACCCUGCCUCGACCUACCUAUCUUGGAACCCCCAGUGAAGGCGAUACACAGGAACAUUCGGACAGCAACCGAAGCCCAUCAAAGCAGAAUAUCGAGGCGACCAGUGACGAAGACGAAGGUGAAUGA